ACAGGACAAAACAAGACAUCGACACAUCAAUCAAGGUUUGGCGGAGGUAGCUUGUUGGCUGACACGUCCUUUUACGAUAACGACCAGUGGUAUGGAUUUGAUCGCCCUUGGGCACCAAUAGGUUCACCGCGAGGAGGAGAGGGAGAGCAGCACCAUGCUCAUGAACAUGGAGAAGAUGAAGCGCAUCACGAGAGUCAGCAUGUUGAUGAUGCUGGAGAAGGAGAACAUCCAGCAGAGCCACCAAAGAACCCAACUGAUGAAAUUCUUGGUCGACGUCCUUCAAGACCGUCUGCAACUCCUACUUUAGAGCAGUCUGCAGGAGAAGCAGUUGGUGAAAGACCAGCCAGAGCCAGCUCCGCUUAUGUUAUCAAUCGAGUGCUUCGAUCUCCGACCUCACCAUCGUCUAGGACUUCUGCUGCAAAUACGAGAAUAUCUUCAUCCAAUACCAAUGUCGUGUCCAGGUCAACAAGGUCAUCAUUGACGGCGGCACUAGUACGCCGUGGAUCUGCGAAUACUACUUCUACUACAACCUUAACAAACCAUAUUAACCACGUGAGAGUUUCCACGACAAGUCCUCUUGCUUCUCUGCGGGCUGCAACUAGGGGCAGUAUAGCACCAUCACGCGCGAAAAGUGCAAGUUCUCCUUCUGGCCGAGGUAGCACUAGAAGUCCUUCUCGUGUUAGCAACUUUGUAGGUACUACAACAGCUGCUGAUGCUGCGCGAACUUCGUCAUCUUCUACUUCUCAAGCAGUUAACGAAGAGGAGAUGAAGAGUGGUUAUCCUAAUAUCCAAGAAGAGGUAACUACCUCGUCUCGUCCGACAGCAGUACAAAGUCCAGAUGUGCAGAAAAACCAGGAGACAACUAUCAAAAGUUCUCAGAAAACCAAAGCAACAUCGAUCUCUACAGGCGCAAGAGCGAAGCCUGAGCUCCAUGGUCGUGACAAGCAUAGUGGUCAAAAAAAUCCGAGCAGCUCUGCGUCGUCGUCAGUGAAAGGCAAGGGAAGUGGUGAGUCAAAACGUGGCCCCUUUUUACAUCAGCAGCCAUCCGCAUCAACUACAACAAGGGAUACUGGCACGAGGACAGGCACAGACAAACAACAUCUUCAACAUGAUAAGUCAUCAAAGUCUGCGUCGAUGAAAGGCAAAGGUAUCAAGGGAAGCAAACAACAGCACGACUAUGAGAUGAAGGGUGCGGGACUCAAGAAUAUGACGUCGACACAACCACGUGGUGAAAAAACAAGCCCAGCACUGGUGCAACAUGAGGAACAACAGGAGUCCUCUCUAGCAUCAUGGUUCACGCACCUUCUUGACGGAGACGAUGUUGAGGGCAUGCACGAAACUCAUACCCAGCAUGGCAUAGCUACAGCUUCCAGUGGCGGCAAACAAGGUAAGAAAAGCAAAAGUCCGUCUUCAACAUCAGGAAAAGCUGUACAACAUCCAGGAACUUCGGCUAGUUCUAGUUCUCCUAGUACGGGCAAGGCCGCAAUAAAGGCUUCCUCACCUCCUAGUGCAGGAACGACAACAAGACCUCCUCUUUCGACUUCAAAGUCUUCGGUCCAGCCGAGUGGCCAUCAAACUAGCAAAAAAGGAAAGUCAUCGAGUGCGAGUGCGAGCCGCGUUACUAGUGAAACGUCAAGGACAAAAGGAAAAAUGCACACUGUCAAGCCAUCAGGCGCACAUCACGAUUUACAACUCAACAAGGGAAUGGGAAAAACGUCUUCAAAGGAGUCCCAGUCAGAACAAGAGCAUGUUCCUGAUGACGACCAUGACAACCACAAAAAUCACGAUGACCACGAUAAAGACACGAAUCAAGAUCAACAAAAAGGAAGUGAUUUCCUCUUCUAUCAUGAGAGCAUGAGCUCCAAAGCUAAUAGUAGUCCGCGGAGUCCUUUUUUAGGUACAAGUACAACUUUGCGGAAUGCUAUCCUACCACCACCUAGACCGAAGCGUUUACCCAGACGAUAGUUGGCUUGUACAAGGAACACGAUAAGCAUAAGACAAACUCACAAAAUACUGUAACAGUUUAACAUCUUCUUGCAAUAUGAAGUAAUAGAAGCACUACUUCACGUUCACCGAAGUCAAGGCUUUGCGCUUUGAUACAAGUCCAAUUACUUCAAUGAAAGAAUACCAAUUCACUUAUUUACUCACGCAAGAAUUAGAAUUCUUAUUCCUUUAACUAUUAUGACUAUCAUUCAUGCUGCACAAUAAGGCACAUUGCACAAGAAUUAAAAUGAUUACAUCUGGAACUAGAAGUACCUGUGAGUAUCUAUAUGCAAAUGAGAGUCCUAGUCUAAUCUAAAGCUACACUAAAAGUAAAAAGUAUCUUUCUGCGAAACGAAUGGAAAUAGAAAUGAAUAUCUACUGCAACUAAAAUUGUUCAUAAUUCUAGCCCUACUCAAGGAAAAAGUAAAAGUAGUUUUGCCGAGUUAGAACGAGGACAGAAGUAAAAAAGUAUAUAAUUGUUGUCAGAGAACUACAUCUACAUCGAAGAGUAAUAUUAUUAUCGUCAAUGCAUGUAACCGUAAUGGAUGAGGAAUAGCGAAAAGGUAAUGACAAGAAUGUCCGCGACAAAUAGUUAGAAUAAAAAGGUAAGCUUAAGCAUAAUUACAAUUGCAAAUUGAAGUUCCUCUCGAUCGAAAUAAAAUAUCAAGAAGAAACAAUUGCAAAUCGACCGAAUUCGAAGAAACUAGUCUCGUCCAAGACAGCAAAGUAAAGCUGAAAAACAAACUACUGCGUGAAAAAAGCACAACUCGGAAGCCGAACCCCGACUCAUGUAGAUAGCCUUUGUAAAGAAAACCCUUGAUGUUGUACAUGUGAAAGAAACUCUUGUGGUCUCAUCGUUGAAU